AUGGAAGAGGCUGCGGAUUUGGCAAAUAAACUAGAGGAGGUGUCUCGAGCUUCCAUUCCACCAACGAUAGUUUCAGAUACAUUUAUAAUCUUCAAUUCAAGAACUUUGAUUGAAGUUAAUUUUUCACUUUCUCUGAUUGGGUUUUUGUUGAACAUGAUGACCAUAAUAACAAUUGUUACUACUGUUGGAGUUGAAAUGAAAACAAGCACAAAACUUAUAAUAAGUCUCGCGUUUUCGGAUAUGUUUAUAGCUCUAUCUCACAUCAUAAUGAGGUUUGUGGAUUACACAUCUCAAUGGACAUUGUGGCUAUAUAUUCAAAAUUAUGGACAAAGUUAUUCUUUAAUAAAAUUUCCAUCGCAACAAACUGAUGGCGACAUGUGGAACAAGCCAGGCAAAGGUGAUCAAGAUCUUCAGGAAAAUAAUACCGAUUUUAUAAGUAAUAAUGUUGACGCACUGAUUACCAACAAUGAUCUUUUUAGCGGUGGGAAAUUAUCAAACAGCACGUUUGUAGCACAUGACUUUAGACAGACAGAAGUUGACCAGUCUGUGUUUAUAAAUGUACUCAGCUGUUUAUUAAUAAUUCCAAAUAUCACAUGCCUAUUAAAAAUCAUAGAAAACCGUGUUACGAGAGGUGUGGAUCUAACAGCAGGAAACGGGACCACAAACAUUUUGCAAUCGUUGCUAGGAAAUGUGUUAGAAUCGUUGCCCGGAAACCUGUUAGAAUCGGUUCUAGUCGACUUGUUUCCAAACGCCACGGACUUGGACGAUAUAGAUGAGGAACAGCUUAUUACACUUCUCGCAGGCAUUGCUCUGCAGGCUGGUGGUGUCAGUGAAAACUGUAGAAAUGAUAUUGUAAUUAUCUUCACAAAACUAAUGGAACAGACUGACUGGGUUCUGCAAAUGGUAGAUGCUAUGGGCAAACCUGAGAGUGGACUUUUAGAAGGGAAUUUGAAAUGGCUUGGUGAUUAUCAAGAAUGUGUUAACAUUAAAGCGGUAACAGACGGCGUGGAACGUUUCACUGGCAAAUACUGUAAGACCGGAAUCCCGCUUGGUGGAAUUUUACCUCCUGAAUUAGCGGCUCUAGGAUCAAACCUUGAGGUUGGAACAUGCAUGCCAAACUCCUGUUCGGCUAAUGACAUCGUUAAUUUGAUGGUAUCAGUUCAGAAACUGUUAUUGAACGGAACAACUCUGUUUCAACCGGAAGUGAACUGCGUAGAGGAUAAAUCAUUAUCCACUGACCUUGUUGUCUGCAUUGGCCUUAUAGCUAUGCUGCUAGCAGCAAUUAUUAUUGGUACUUUGUACGACAUAUUUGCUGUUCAAAUGAAUGCAGUGGAUGGCAAUGGUAAAAAUGCGGUUGAAACAACUGGAAGGUUAUCAAGACAGCUGAGUGGGAAAAUAUCUCUUUAUAAACCUACACACACCCAGGUCUGUCUCCCCAAUGCUUAUAUUAAUGGAGGAUACAUGAACCAAGGAGAUGAAGAAGAAAUAAAAGUUAACGGUGAAACAAAAGCUGUUGACAUGGAACCUGAAACUGAUAAGAGUGUUGUAACAUUACCACAGAAAGAAAACAGAGCUAUAAGUGAACCUUAUCAGAAAAGAAAAGGCACAGCGGAAAGUAUUCUGAUGGCGUUUUCUUUCUACAGCAACGGUGUAAAAAUAUUGAAUACAGACCAAGCUGCAGGCUCUCUUGGAGCAAUCAAUGGCAUUCGUUUCCUAAGCAUGGCAUGGGUUAUUCUUGGACAUACAUACUUCUUUUGCCAAGGAUAUGACUCAAACUUCAUCUUCCACUUUUUUAGCAGUUUGCAAAACUGGACUUUUAUGGCUAUAUCGUAUGCCACUGUGUCUGUAGACUCCUUCUUUGCAAUAAGUGGAAUCCUUGUGGCAUAUCUGACUCUAAAGGAACUAAAGAAAGUUGGCGGAGCAAGCAAGUUAAACUGGUUUAUGUUCUAUUUCCAUCGAUUCUGGAGAUUGACGCCGUCAUAUAUGCUUGUUUUGAUGGUCGGUACAGUAAUACUCCCUUAUAUAUUAAAUGGACCUAUGUGGACAGAGGACGACCUACCUUACAUGAAAACAUGCCGGACAAACUGGUGGACCAACCUUUUGUAUGUAAACAACUACGUCAAUACGGAUGAAAUAUGCAUGGGAUGGACAUGGUAUUUGGCCAAUGAUAUGCAGUUCUACAUAAUCAGUCCACUGAUACUUUUACCUCUGUUUUACAAUCAGAUUGCCGGAGCUGUAUCCUGUCUAUUGUUUCUGACGGCAACAACAGUGGCAGCCGGUGUUGUAGCGUACAGUCAUCGAUAUCAAGUACAAAUGUACUUACCGUACGCCCCACAACCAAAUGAUGCGGAUUAUGGAAAGAACUUGUACAUGCCAAGCUAUGCACGUUUCGGACCGUAUGUGGUGGGAUUGUUUACUGGUUAUAUCCUCUAUAGAUGUAAAUGCAAAUGUAAUUUACCAAAGAUAAUCAAUAUUGUAUGUUGGUUGAUUUCGUUGGCCCUUUGCUGUGUCUGUGCUUAUACACCAUACUCAGACGGUGACAAACAUACUUUUACCCAGCAAGAAUCAGCUGCCUUCUUUGCUCUACACAGAACGGCUUGGGGUGUUGCUGUUUGUUGGAUUGUAUUUGCCUGUGCCACGGGACAUGGAGGUUGGAUCAACGAAGUACUGUCUUGGAAAGCCUUUGUUCCUCUCGGACGUUUGACUUACAGUGCCUAUCUUAUCCAUCCUCUUGUCAUGCUUGUCUUCUACAUGAGUAGAAACACACCUACAUAUUUUUCUAUUUAUGAAGUGAUAUAUUUGUUCCUGGGUCACUUGGUACUGUCCUAUGGUAUCGGCUUCAUAGUGUCUUUGGUAUUCGAAUCUCCAAUGAUGGGACUAGAAAAAGCCAUCUUUAAAAGAGGCAGAAAAUAAAGAUGUCAUAAUGUCAUAAAAAGAUAUUCAUAGUCUUACUAGAAAGUAUCGACAAUAAUAUAGGUUUGGACUAGUUAUCACGUGACAAAUACUAUAUCUUAUCAUUUAUUACCUUUGUCUCAUUUGUAUUCAUCAGCAAAUAAUGUGUGAUAUAAAGGAGUG